AUGGCGGGGGCGCCGCGCGGCGGAGGCGGCGGCGGAGGCGGCGCGGGCGAGCCCGGGGGCGCCGAGCGGGCGGCCGGGCCAAGCCGCCGGCGCGGGCUCCGGGCGUGCGACGAGGAGUUCGCUUGCCCAGAACUGGAGGCGCUGUUCCGUGGCUACACGCUGCGGCUGGAGCAGGCGGCCACGCUGAAGGCGCUGGCCGUUCUCAGCCUGCUGGCGGGCGCGCUGGCGCUGGCGGAGCUGCUGGGCGCGCCGGGGCCCGCGCCCGGCCUGGCCAAGGGCUCGCACCCGGUGCACUGCGUCCUCUUCCUGGCGCUGCUCGUGGUAACCAAUGUCCGGUCCCUGCAGGUGCCCCAGCUGCAGCAGGUCGGCCAGCUGGCGCUGCUCUUCAGCCUCACCUUCGCGCUGCUCUGCUGUCCUUUCGCGCUGGGCGGCCCCGCCCGGGGUUCCGCCGGGGCCGCUGGGGGGCCAGCGGCCGCCGAACAAGGGGUUUGGCAGCUCCUUUUGGUCACCUUCGUGUCCUAUGCCUUGCUGCCCGUGCGCAGCCUGCUGGCCAUCGGCUUUGGGCUCGUGGUGGCUGCGUCGCACUUGCUGGUCACAGCCACCUUGGUCCCUGCCAAGCGCCCACGUCUCUGGAGGACGCUUGGCGCCAAUGCCUUGCUCUUCGUCGGUGUGAACAUGUAUGGGGUCUUUGUGCGGAUUCUGACUGAGCGUUCGCAGAGGAAGGCGUUCCUGCAGGCCCGGAGCUGCAUCGAGGACCGACUGAGGCUGGAGGAUGAGAACGAGAAGCAGGAGCGGCUGCUCAUGAGCCUCCUGCCCCGGAACGUUGCCAUGGAGAUGAAGGAGGACUUCCUGAAGCCCCCUGAGAGGAUUUUCCACAAGAUUUACAUCCAGAGGCAUGACAAUGUGAGCAUCCUGUUUGCUGACAUCGUGGGUUUCACAGGCUUGGCAUCCCAGUGCACAGCCCAGGAGCUGGUGAAACUCCUCAAUGAGCUCUUUGGCAAGUUCGACGAAUUAGCCACGGAGAACCACUGUCGCCGCAUCAAGAUUCUCGGGGACUGCUACUACUGCGUGUCGGGCCUCACCCAGCCCAAGACUGACCAUGCCCACUGCUGUGUGGAGAUGGGACUCGACAUGAUAGAUACCAUCACAUCCGUGGCUGAAGCCACCGAGGUGGACCUGAACAUGCGUGUGGGUCUGCACACGGGCAGGGUCCUCUGUGGUGUCCUGGGCUUGCGCAAGUGGCAGUACGACGUGUGGUCCAAUGAUGUGACCUUGGCCAAUGUCAUGGAAGCCGCUGGCCUGCCAGGGAAGGUUCAUAUCACAAAGACGACCCUAGCGUGCUUGAAUGGGGACUACGAGGUAGAACCAGGUUACGGACAUGAGAGGAACAGUUUCUUGAAAACUCAUAACAUCGAAACCUUUUUUAUUGUGCCAUCCCAUCGCCGAAAGAUAUUUCCAGGCCUGAUUCUCUCAGAUAUAAAACCGGCCAAAAGAAUGAAGUUCAAGACCGUCUGCUACCUGCUGGUGCAGCUCAUGCACUGCCGGAAAAUGUUCAAGGCCGAGAUCCCCUUCUCCAACGUCAUGACCUGUGAGGACGAUGACAAGCGGAGGGCAUUAAGAACAGCCUCAGAAAAACUCAGAAACCGCUCAUCUUUUUCUACCAACGUUGUCUACACCACCCCGGGCACUCGCGUCAACAGGUACAUCAGCCGCCUCUUAGAAGCCCGCCAGACAGAGCUGGAGAUGGCAGACCUGAACUUCUUUACCCUGAAGUACAAACAUGUCGAACGGGAGCAAAAGUACCACCAGCUUCAGGACGAGUAUUUCACCAGCGCCGUUGUCCUCACCCUCAUCCUGGCUGCCUUAUUUGGCCUUGUCUACCUUCUAAUAUUCCCACAGAGUGUGGCCGUCCUGCUCCUGCUAGUAUUCUGCAUCUGCUUCCUGGUGGCCUGUGUCCUGUACCUGCACAUCACCCGGGUCCAGUGUUUUCCAGGGUGCCUGACGAUUCAGAUUCGCACUGUCCUGUGUAUUUUCAUAGUGGUCUUAAUCUACUCAGUAGCCCAAGGUUGCGUGGUGGGCUGCCUGCCUUGGUCCUGGAGCUCCAAGCCCAACAGUUCCCUGGUGGUCCUUUCAUCUGGGGGCCAGCGCACAGCCCUGCCCACCCUGCCCUGCGAGUCUACUCACCAUGCCCUGCUCUGCUGCCUGGUGGGCACCCUCCCGCUAGCCAUAUUUUUCCGGGUGUCCUCCUUGCCAAAAAUGAUCCUGCUCUCCGGGCUCACCACGUCCUACAUCCUCGUUCUGGAGCUCAGUGGAUACACCAGGACUGGGGGUGGUGCCGUCUCCGGGCGCAGCUACGAGCCGAUUGUGGCCAUCCUGCUCUUCUCCUGUGCGCUGGCCCUGCAUGCCAGGCAGGUGGACAUCAGGCUGAGGCUGGACUACCUCUGGGCCGCACAGGCAGAGGAGGAGCGAGAGGACAUGGAGAAGGUGAAGCUGGACAACAGGCGCAUCCUCUUCAACCUCCUGCCGGCCCACGUCGCCCAGCACUUCCUCAUGUCCAACCCUCGGAACAUGGACCUCUACUACCAGUCCUACUCCCAGGUGGGCGUCAUGUUCGCCUCCAUCCCCAACUUCAACGACUUCUACAUCGAGCUGGACGGCAACAACAUGGGGGUGGAGUGUCUGCGGCUUCUCAAUGAGAUCAUCGCCGACUUUGACGAGCUCAUGGAAAAAGACUUUUACAAGGACAUAGAGAAGAUCAAGACCAUCGGGAGCACCUACAUGGCCGCUGUGGGGCUAGCACCCACCUCGGGGACCAAAGCUAAGAAGUCCAUCUCCUCCCACCUGAGCACACUGGCGGACUUUGCCAUUGAGAUGUUUGACGUUCUAGAUGAAAUCAACUACCAGUCUUACAACGACUUCGUCCUCCGAGUUGGCAUCAAUGUUGGCCCCGUGGUGGCUGGAGUGAUUGGCGCUCGCAGGCCCCAGUACGACAUCUGGGGAAACACAGUCAACGUGGCCAGUCGGAUGGACAGCACAGGGGUCCAGGGCAGAAUCCAGGUGACUGAGGAAGUCCACCGUCUGCUGAGAAGGUGCCCCUACCACUUUGUGUGCCGAGGCAAAGUCAGUGUCAAGGGCAAAGGCGAGAUGUUGACAUAUUUUCUAGAAGGCAGGACUGAUGGAAACGGCUCCCAAAUCAGGUCCCUGGGCUUGGAUCGGAAAAUGUGUCCAUAUGGGAGAGCUGGCCUUCAGGGCAGACGUCCCCCGGUGUGCCCUAUGCCUGGCGUCUCAGUCAGGGCUGGGCUCCCUCCACACUCCCCAGGCCAGUACCUGCCCUCUGCAGCAGCUGGGAAGGAGGCUUAGUGGAGCCCACAUGGGCCUCUGGGGUGCACACGGGGUGGGAAUGCUCCAGGGGUGACACAGGCCAUGGUGGCUCCAGCCAGGACCAGCCAGACCAGCAGAGCAGGGAGCCACUGGCCAGGGUGGAGGAGGAGCAUUGUCCAGGCGUGGCCUGUGGCCUGAGGGCCAACCACUGAGCAGACACAGCACAGCAGUGACUCGGUGAGGGGAGGACACCCGACUGUGCACACUUCCAGGCCUCCCUGGAGACGUGUCCACUCCAUCCUUCCCUCCAUGGCGUAGGGAGCACUGUUUCUUUCCAGCAGGCCUGUUCAGGUUUGGCCAGGUCGGCAUCAAUGUAAGAACCUUCAGAGCAUCCACCGUGGUUACAGGAAGAGCCGCUGAGGUGUGGUUGGCAGAGCAACUGAGGAGCUCUGCGAGAAUGUGCCCUCUGAGACAGCCCUGUCCACCCCGCCCAGGUGGGCCUGACAUACAGGCGGCUCCAGCCCUGGGCAGCGGCUUCAAGAGCCAGAGUGGGAAGUCAGGCCUCUCUGGGAAGGUCACAAGGCCUGGGGUUGUUCACACCACAGGCACAAUACAGAGCUGUCCACUCUUGAACUGGACGGUUUGGGGAGAAUUGAGAAGCUGCCUCUCACUGCAUGGAUAGUGGUGGCUGCUGGCUUUCAAGCGUGGUUUUUUGCUAAGAGCCAGAGGCAGGUCUUCUGGAGUUCUCAGGGGGCCCUGUGACCCCCUCUCCACAACCAUGGCCAGCAUCGGCUUCUUGCUGCACCUGUGCAUUCUCCACCCCUCCGCCAAUGGCUUCCAGCUCCUAAAACACCUGGACAUUCCCCAUCCUGCACCGGCACUGUGUUUGUUCAGAGAAGACGAAGGGUGUCAUUUCUUCUUUUCCCUGUGGCAUCUUGGAUCCUUUACAUUUAGCAGCAACAGUGUGAGGCUCCACUUCUGUUGCAUAUGAGCGGCUGUCACACCCAUGAACAAGUUUCCUUGAUGGAAGAUGCUGUUUCUCCGGCAGAACCAACCCUCCAGGACGAAGUUUCAGAAUUGGCUGAUGGUCAUGAGUGCAGGUGUCCCUGUUGUAAUUUGCAGGGAAAUUGACUGCAGGUGAUAGUGUUGACGUCUGACAACCUCCUAUGUGCAUGUCUAAAUAGUCACAAUGAAGAUGAAAAUAAGGAUGAGGGGGACGGGGUCCAGGAGGACCAGUGAGAAGGCACUAUCCAGAAAUAGUGGACAGAGAUCUGGCAUGUGGAAACCUUGGAUCUCGGUCACAGGGAGGAAGGCAGCUAGAAAUGGGAGGGAAGCUUCUGGGUAGGCACCAUAGUAGGGGAAUGUCUAAGGACCCACUGCUCUGAGAUGUGGUCAGAGAGGUUUCUAUGGACUGCAGAUGAGGCCUGAGCCCUGCCUCUGCUCAAAGCCAGCAGGGUUGGGGGUCCACCUCCUCACUGCUCCUCAACAGCUGUAACCCUUUCCUGAGGGCCCCGACUUUUCAGAAUAGGAGCAGAGAGAAGCCCAGACUUCCUUCCCUGGAGUGUAGACCUGUGUGUGGGACCUGCUCCAGGCUGAUCCCUGUCCGCACGGGUGGGUGAUGUCCUUGGCUGCUGCCAUCAGAAGCAGCCCCCUGCACAGGGAGGGGCUGACCCUGCCUCAGCUAUGUGGCCGUGUGGGGGCAGCAGGGGCCUGGGCCAUAGCUGGGGGAGGCCAGACCCUGAGGGCUUUGCAGGGUGGCCAGUGCAGUGAUGCCUGGCGCUUCCAGCUGAGACAGGAAUCCGGACAGAGGUGGGCAGGGUGGAUGGCUUUGGGCAGGGGAGGCGGGUAGAGGCUGCAUGUAGGGGCCCCCGUCUGCCUGUCCUUAGGGUGUGGAUUAGGCUGUGGCCUCUGUGAUGGUGCAAGAGGCAGGAUGGUCUCCAGACACCUUCUUGCAGAGUGAUUUUGACCAAUGCCUUUCCAGCACCUUCCCCUGGCUAUGACAGGGAGCUCCUAGGCCAGGCCACAUGAUCCCACAGGUAGGCUGACCCCGUGGACCCACUGGAGACGUUGAGGGCAGAGCUCAGGCACCUUUCAUCUUCCUUGGGUGGUCCUCAUGUCGUUGUCCGCUCAUGUUCCUGGUGGUCUGGCAUCACCUUGUGCCGGUGGGGGCUGGGCUCCUGUGAGGUCCUAGGGCAGGAGGAGGUGCUUGCAGGGCCUCUCGCUGCUAUUGGGGCAUCCACAGGACCUUAUGUUUAUGUGGAAUCUCCAGGCUGCCAUUGAGGGCUCCUGAACUCAUCCUGAGGACCCAGGGUCCAUCUGAGCCAGCUGUGGGCUGAGAUCCUGGCUGGGGCCCUGCUGUCAACCUCUCCUCCAGGCCCUGCCUUGUCCCUGCUCCUGUGCUUUCCUCUCUUCAGGACAAAUGGUUUCUGCUUAUGGUCCCCUUUCCACUAGGAUUUUCUCAUCCUCAUCUGUCUAUCCCAGCCAGAUUUGAAGCAGUCAGUUCAGACAGGAGCCAUAGGGAGCCUGUGAGGGUGUAGUGCGGUGGUGGUGAGUGUGGCUGCCCUGGCUCUCCCAGCUCAUCGUGGUGCUGUCCUUGACCCACGAGCUGUUGAGAAGGUGCAGAGCCCCUGGCACAGCCAACCCUGUUGCCCCCAGUGCCGCUGCCCACCGUUGGCCAUCCAGGUGGUGGGUAGACAGAGGAGUGAACCCCAAAGGUGUCCAUGCCCCAGUUCUAAGCCCUGUGGCCAGGUGCUGUCACACAGCAAAGGGAACUUUGCAGGUGGAAUUAUGGUUAGGGAUCUAAGGAUGGGAGGGGAACUUGGAUUAUCUGGGUGGGCUCAGUGACCCCUUGGAAUGGCUGAGGGAGGCAGGAGAGCCUGGGAAGAUUUGAAGUGUCACAGAGAUGGUGCCGUCAUUGCUGGCUUAAAGACAAGGGGCCAGGAGCCAACACCAGAGGCCACUUGACAACCCCAGCCCCAGUCAGCAAGGAAGCCGGGUGUCGCUCACACAACCAGAAGGAGCUGAGUUUGGCAACAACCCAAGUGAGCCUGAAGCAGAUUCGCCUCAGAGCCUCCAGGCGUGAGUGGAGCCGAGUCCAGCGACACCUUGGUUUGGCCUGUGAGACUGAGAAGAGAGCCAGCCACGCCGUGCCGUGCCUGGGGUCCACAGAGCCGGGAGGUCACACAUGUACGUCCUGGAAGCUGCCCAAGGUGUGGCCACUUGUAGGGCAGCAAGAGGAAGCCAUCGCGGGGACCAUGCUGCCUUCUCUGGGCUCACGACUGUUCUGGAAAGGACCCCAUGGCAGACUUGGCAAGGUCUCCACUUCAGGGGCAAACAUCUCCAUCAUCAGCAACUCCAAACCCCAGCCACUUCCUGGGAGUUCAGGAACUGUGUUUAGCCAUAAUGUUCCUUGGGGUUUGGUGAAAAACAACUUCCUUUUUGUUUGUGGGAAAACUGUAUUAUAUUGCCUUAUUUAUUUUUAAUCAUGUACAAUAUUCAUGUACAAAUGUUAGAGCCAUUCGGGUAGGAUUCUCUCUAAAUUAUUUAUUGAAGAGGCUUUGUAAAUAGUGCACCAGUUACAGGUGCUGCCUGUUUACUCGUACCAAAAAUGAAGACAAGCCCCACACCCACCUCAGCCCCUGCUUGCCACGCUAUGGCCCUUUGGAAAUGACCCUGUGUGCUCCCCUCUCGACCCUUGCAUGCUUUUCAUGCCUGAUGCCGUAGAGUAGAACACAGCCCCGGAAUGCUUCCAGUUGCUUGCAGGGACCAUGCCGGCCCGGGUGGUCCAUGCCUGCGGGGUGUCUGUAUCCUGCAGGAGGACGCCCCCACAGACCCAGCAACCCAAGUUGCCAGCCCGUGUUUCUCAGACUUUAAAGCCACCAGGGCUUCUGGAACACCUGUCAUAGAAGCAAUAACUCUUAACUCUCUACUGUAGAGAUGAGUCUGGUCCGAAUCAGAUUGGUAAUUUAGAGAUAAGCCAUGCAUACAAGUUUGCCCCAUUCUCCGGCUUGGGGUGGUGGGAGGCGGGGAGCUGCCACUCCCAAAGCCCCACCCCUUCCUGAAGACCCAGCUCUGAAACCGCAAUUCCUGUGGGUUGGACCACCCAGGCUGGUCAGAGCUCAGCACCCCAGGUCUGGUGAGCAGACAGAGCCGGCAUUAAACCCCGGUCAGGUCAUUGUCACCACACCCUUGCUUGGAUGAGGAAGGAAGGAGGCAAAGGCACCCACUCCAUCCAAGAUCUGUUCUAAUUGAUGAGCCUCAGUACUGGCCUCACACUGGCCAACAGUGGUAUGCUGCAGUUUGUUGGUUUGGUGCAGAGUCUAAAGGAUAACUUAUCAAGGCUUACCUGUGAUAGGCCAUUUUAAGGAAAUGGUGGCACUCUGAAGGCUGUCCCCAUUCACCUUCCACAAUGCUGGUACCAUCCUGGUAGAAGAGCCCUCUGAACAGGACACCUGUUCAGGCCUGGGGGCCCCAUGCUAGGCUUGCCUGGGUGCGAGAGGUCGAACUGGGUGGCUCAGGCCUUCAAAUUGAGCUUGGGGGUGUCCAAGAGAGGGGUCUUAUUCGAGGAACUCACAUACCCCAAAUAACCAUCAGUGCACAAGUCAUUCCAUGCUCUUUGGCACCAGGCAGGAGAUGCUGCAGGCAGGUGUCCAUAGUUGGCAAAAAUGGGCAGUAGGGGAAAUGGAGUUGCUUCAACCUUUCUCAGUCCCAGCCCUCACUGCACCCACCAAGUCAAGCAGAGCUGGGUGGGCUGAGACCAGCAUCCCAGCUGGACUGAGCCUGGGGGGAGGGGCUGGAGCCAAGGAGCCCCCCUGGGUGGGGCAUCAGGAGCAGGAGCAGGGCCUGAGGACUGCUCCCCCUGCAUGGAGGGCAGGCCCGGAUGGAGCCCAGGGUAGACUUUGAGGAAGGCUCAGUGGGCUCAGCAGAAGGAAGGCUCUUCUCAUAGUUGUGGUUUUCCACAGAUAGAUUUGGGUGAUCUGAGUGUGGUCAGGCCCUGCCGUUGGGGAAUGAAUGCCACACAGGGGGUUUGUCUGUAAGCUGCAGUGUCUGAUUCCGUGUGAACUGACAGCAAGGAGCUGAAGGGCAGGCCCCGCCCUUGGGAGAGAGUAUGGGCAUGGGCUGCUGGAUGCAGGGCUCCCAGGGCUGUGAAGGCAGAGGGGUCUCUGGAGGCAGACAGGGCGGGCUGGGGGCCAGCAGCAGGGGGCAGAGCCCCAGCCAGGGCGGCUGCUUCCUGUACAUAGACAUUCCUCCUGCACAGGGCCAAGUGCCCAUGAGCACAUCCCCAGACAGACACGGUGGGGAGCUUGGAGCCCUCCGCUCACCUAGAGGAGCCCUGGGGCACACACUGGAAAGUAUUCUAGGGGCUUCCUGCCUUAUCCUUCUGUUUGUUCAUACACUUAGUGAAAGCAGAUCCUGUACUAGGAUGUGAGGAUAUCUGUCACCUCCGUGGUCCAUUCCGUGAACACCAGAUUCCAUUUCAGGUGCCACACAUUUUGGGGCUAGACUUCCCUAAACAACAUGCCAUUGUGAAAUGAUGCAUAUAUUUGUAUUUUUAAAUUUCCCUGAAAAUUUAAUCUAUUCUGUUCCAUAUGAAGUCUGUUCACUACCUUAAAAAAUAGAUACUCCACUAGAGGCUGUGCUUAAUUCAAAUCCAUGUGUGUGCCUGCAUUACAUGUGUGAACACGUUUCUGUCGUGUGUGUCAUGCACAUCUGUGUGUUGCAUAGCGUAAGCCAAAUGAAAAUUAAUCAUUUGUUCAUGGGAUUCAUAUGAGGAACAAAAUUAAAUUUGAAUACAGUCAGAUAACUGCCACGCAGGGCAUUUGGGGAACCAUCCCCGAAUGCCCUGAUGUGAUUUCCCUCAGAAAAUCCUUGUUAUUAGAGGAGAAGGUCUGGGCAGGGGCAGCAGCAUCUCAGACAUCAAGUCAACUUUAUCAUCUACUACAUCAGCACUGAAGUCCAGGGGCGUUGAGGCACUAACUAGGUUCCAUUUUCUUUGGUUAGUUAUUUUUUCCUUUUGGGUUCUCAGUGUGCAGAGGCUGUAGAGAGAGCCUCAGGGCUGUGACAGCUGCAGGAAUUCGGCCCUCCAGCUCCCCUCCAGUUACUAGGAGCCAAUUUGGAGGCCAGGCCUUCCCAGCUGAGUGUCUGUCAGCUUCGUUCUCUCUCAGCUGUGUAGUGGAAGAGCAACAAUAGACAGGUGACCUUCUUGGGUUGUGCUUCACAAUGGACUGGGAAAAACAUCUUUGAAAUCAGAAAAUCAGGCCGGGCGCAGUGGCUCAUGCCUGUAAUCCCAGCACUGUGGGAGGCCGAGGCGGGUGGAUCCAUUGAGGUCAGGAGUUCAAGACUAGCCUGGUCAACAUGGUGAAACCCCGUCUCUACUAAAAAUACAAAAAAAAAUUAGCUGGGCGUGUUGGCGGGAGCCUGUAGUCCCAGCUACACGGGAGGCUAAGGUGGGAGAAUCGCUUGAACUCGGGAGGCGGAGGUUGCAGUGAGCCGAGAUUGCACCAUUGCACUCCAGCCUGGGCGACAGAGCAAGACUCUGUCUCAAAAAAAAAAAAAAAAAAAGAAAUCAGAAAAUCGACCACAGUGGCAGCCACCUGGCCUAAUGCUGCGUUUUUGUACCUGACGGGUCACUCAUUUUAAGCACAACUGCUUCGUUCUUUGUGAAAUUAGUGAGUUUCCUUCUACCCGUCACCAGAUUCAAUAUGUUCUAUUAAUACACCGAUAACUACAGGGGAAGGGCACUGGUCGCUCUCUCACCUGGUUACUACAGUCUCCAUGGGCCUUUUGCUGUGACCACAAGUAAAGGAAACACUCAUCACUAGUAUCUAAGUCGAGCUUUACAGUAACUAUGCACCUUCUGUGUGCUUCACCUCACUCUCUACUUCAAACAGCCCAUGGAGGGAGGUAUUAUUAUACUCCUUAUGUUGACAGUGAAGAAUCUGAGGCCCAGAGAGAUUGGGGACUUGAGUAAAGUCACACAGCCCUGAGAGGCAGGACCAGGGUUCCAUUCCUGCUCUAUCCAGUUCCAAGCCCUUGUGUUUUCCAUUACGUUUAGUGCCUCUUUGCUAACAGCAACAUCUGCAAGAUUUGUGUUGGUUUUGAUGGAGAACUCUAGCGCAUCCACAUGCUAGUGCCCAAGUGGUGGAGGGGCCACCUCAGCAGGUGGGUUCUGAAUGCAGCCAAGGCUGUCCCCGCAAUGGGUGAGACUCGCUCCAACUGCCCGCCCUCAGAGCAGGUGCCUAAGUCCUCCCUGGCACUGGCAGGCCUUACCUCACAUUGCUAGAUUAAAGCAAUGCAAUUCCUCUUGGGUAAGAGGAAUUCCCCCUUCUUUAACAACUGAUCCCCAGCAAGGAAAUAAAAUGUUAGGCUUUAAAAAAUCCCCACUGUCAUAUCAGACUAUAUUCUAAAACUAUAUUUGAGUGAAACCUGUCAUUGUGUCUAAUUUCAAAUAUACAGAAUCUCCUUAAGAAGAGCUGUUGCCUUAUUUUUCUGUAAGGCCUCUCUGACAUCAAAUGGGGAGAAAUGGUGGCACCUCCAGACACCCUGAAACUGCACACCAUUUCUUCCCUGCUCAGCUUCUGCUCAGGAGUUCUGUGAGCUAUGGGAAGGAAGGCCAUUGGUUGGAUUUGCUACUUUUACUUUCGUCUUCCUCUACUGUAGAGCCAUUUAAUGUUAUUGUCAUAUGCUACUGGUGAGGUAAAGGUGGGUCUGGGUGCCUUCCCAGGGGUUAGAGGAUGUUCGAAGGGCUGAUUUCAGCAGGAGUGUUCAGAGGGCUUAUGAUGGAUGGUGAGAGAUUUGACAACCACCAAAGCACAUGUGCUCUGACCCUCUCCUGGGCAUUGGUUCCUGCUGGUACCGGGCGGUUCAGACCUUCAGAUAGGUUGCUUUCAAAAGAGCUUUCAGGCACUUAUUGAGAAUUAAUGUUUAAACAGAGAUAAUAGCCUAGACGAACUCCCAAGAGAUCUAUCAAAUCUUGUGGGCUGAAUAAAUAUCUCGUGCAGGACUGUGCAACAGUAGCCCAGAGCAUCCUGCCUGUGGGCAUCCACCUCCCACCAGCAACCCCCCACCCAACUCUGGGCCCCACGCACAUGAAGCACAAGUCUCAGGGGACCAUUCCCACAUUGGGGGAUCCUGAGGGAGCCCAUCACCGCCUCUUGCAUACAACUGUCCACUAGGAGGCACACCCAGUGUGGGAGAGAUGUAUGGUCUUGCCUUCCACCUGUAAAAACUGCACUUAUGCAAGCCAUUUGCACUCUGGAACUGCAUGCCAUGAAAACUCCUAAUGGUGUGGAACUUAGUUUGGAUUUGAAAUCACGACACAUGCACAAAGGGACAGGCCCAGGCCCGACUUCAGGUCCUCCGCCCGCUGGCUGCAGAGCAUCCCUAGGAGCCAAGGCGAGGCCCGUGGAGCCUGAGCUUUGUGUAGCUCGUGCACUUAUUAUGCACCACCUCCCUUCAGUCACCACUCCUCUUCCUCCGCCAUCCUCAUUUAUACUGAUUGCACACCCCCCGCUCAAACAACAAUGUCCUUAUUAUGAUGACCAUCUCGUAGUGGUAGAUUCCAUUCCUGUUUAAGGUAAGCCCAAAGCCCACUUUUGGAUUUUCUGGACUGUCUGAGAAAAGUUGUGUAAGCGCCUGCGUCCUUCUGGGUUUGGCUAGAUAGGGUUGUGUCCCUCUAUGGAAUGGAGAGUGAUGUGGGCAAGGGUGUCAUUUUCUCGCACAAUACAACUCAAUGAGGAUGCUUCUGUAGAAGUGAGAAACACGAUGAGUACAUUCAGAAUUACAAUAACUCACGCUCACUGGGUAACUUCUCAUGAUAGAUUUGUAUGAUCAAUACGGGUCUAUUUUUAUGUCAACUGAACACUAGAGUAAACCUUCCAGUCUUUUUCAAGAUUGUUAAAUUGAGACAAGUAAUUGAAUAAUUUGUCCUAUUUUUAUUUUAAAAAAAGUGAAUGGACUGAAAUGUUAAAUGUGAAUGUACAUUUCUUAAUUGCAACUUUUCUACUGAGUGUUUGCACUAUACUUUCUGGAAUCUUAUUUAACAAAAAUAAAGGAAAAAAAUUGCUUGACUAAA